UUCUUGCUGGGGUACAACGCAAAUAUGCGAAUGAUGACGAUAAAUCAUGUGCAGCUACGUUAGGAAAACAAAUACGAAAAGUGAAAGCUAGCUUACGAAAACGUUGUAAUGCCCGUCUUUGA